GUAGUGGAGGCCGCCGCAGCCAGCGCGGCUCCGCCCAGCUCUCCCCGCCAUAGUGCGGGUGGAAGCCAUGGACGUCAAUCAGUCCAAGCAGGAGCACUUGCUGGCUCUGAAAGGUCCCGUUUUCCACUGAUCUUUGCGUCAAGGAAAAGGAAAGGGCAAGGAAAUUCUAGUAAAUAAGAUGUUUCAGUUUAGAUUUGAGAAUCCUAAUCAAGACACUGUUUUCCUAAGAAUCACUGGAUUCCUAUGGUACAAGCAUGGAAGUGGUCUUGCAUUAUCGACCGCAUCAGAGAGAUGUAAUAAAACUGCAGAAAUUUGCAGAAGCAGCAGUGAAGGAGUUUCCCAUUCGUCAGUUACCAAGAUUUGCUCCCUGGUUUCCAAAUGAUUUAUACAGACUUCCCCUCAAACCAAAAAAGCGGGCACCUGUUAUUUCUCGUGAGGAAGCAGAAGAAUUAAAACAUCUUUCUGCACCUUCAGAAUAUGUUAUAGGAUCUCCUGAUUACGACUGCACAAAGAAUCUGCUUGACUUUCAGUCUAGCAUGAAACAUGGUGCAACUUUAAUCCAAGCACAAGCUGUUCACAGACCAGUUAACUUGGACUAUCAAGGACAACCACCACCUGAAGGAAAACAAAACUUGAAAAGGUCUUGGAGUAUCUCUCUCCCUAGCGCUAAACUCAAAGAAAAGAUUCUUCCUUUAUCUCAAGAACUGCAAAAUAAUUUGGAAAGACUAAAACUGCAUGCAUUUUAUAGAGCGAAGUGGACGAUUGAGCAAUCUAUUUGUAAUAAUGAGAACUUGGAGGACAUCUGGAUAAAAUUGAAUAGACUCAUCAAGGAGAAUGAAUUGCCCUCUUGCAAUGCUACUAUCCGAAGAUCUGUGGGACAGAUAUGGAUUUUCUGUGAUAUAUUAUACUGUGAAUAUGUUAGAAAUGUUCUUAGGGAAAAGCUAAGCCUUACAGAUAAAAUGAAUUUGCUUGUACAUAAAUAUGGAAUUAUAUUUAGUUUAUAAUUUAAGCUACAGUUUAAUAAUAAAAUUACUGUCUGGAGUACUGAAGUUUUUAAGAGGUUUAGAAUAUAGAGACUUUAGAACAACUGAUGAAUUAAUAAGCAAAAACCUACUUAUAUUACUUUGCUACAGUUUUCCAACUAAUGAUAUAUUUCUUUAACUUUGUUUUGCCUGAAAACUUAUGGUUCAAUUAAGAUUAGUGAGUUUCUGUUUGGCUUAGUACUGCAUUUUGUAGCUUUUCGCUGCCUUGGUGGUCUAAAAGAAAAAAUUAAAGCAGAAUUUCCGGGCUGUUUUGGCAAGCUGUGUCAGAUAAUAAAAUCUAUGCUUUCAGUUGAACAAA